UGCAGGCUUUGAAGUCAGAUUAUGCACAAAUUUGAAUCUCAAUUUUUUUCAUCUAAUAUUUAGAUUCAGGGGGGAAGAUCACAUCCAAUACUACUAUACACAGCUGUUCAAAUCAAACUCCAAUGCCAAACUAAAAUUAUUAGUGCAGAAAAGACGAUUGUGCAUAGAUCAUUACGCUGAUGAUAGAUAAAGCCAAGAGAAUUUUUUAUCCAAGACCAAUACUUUGUUUUCUUGUUCCUGUUAAAGGGGGAAGAUGGAAGGGGUUCUUGUCAAUAAUGGAUCUCAACUCCAUUUCCCAAAAAUUCCAACCAACUGGGUUAUAAAUUAAGCAAUCUAAGAAGAGGGUGAUGUGAUGUUAUGACCAUUAAAAGCAGCUGAUAUGUUGGAGGCCUUUUUUGUUUUCUUUAUUGGCUGAAGACACAAUGGAGGUCCUCUAGGAAACAGGUUCCCAAUUUUGUUUCAGACAAGGAAAGCAACAGAUAAAUGUAAAAGUGACUUCAAAUUAUCUUACCAUUACAUUUAAUUAUUCUAGAUUAUGAUCUCAAGCUGCCCACAAGUCUGUAAAAAGGAAUGUAUAAUAAGGACUAGUAUUUUAAACUUUAGUCCAUUCAGUAUGGCACUUAAGUUGAUAGAAGAUACGCAUCAUUGCCAGCUGGAACAUUGGGUAUUUCCAAAUAUAGUGAUGCCUUCAAUUGUUUUCUUUCAUAGCAAAACCAGUCACACACUAGCUCUAUAUUUUAUGUAGAUUAUCAGAAUGCCCUUUCUUGGAACCAUACCACUGCAAUACACAGAUAAUAGUUAUUCACACAAGGUAGUUUUGUAAAUCAAAGCCCCUUCUUGGUCAUUUGAUUUAGGCUAUUUCUAUAUAUAUAUCCACUUGGGAACUUGAUUUGCAUCAAGCAUUGAACACAAUUGCACAGAGAGAGGCAGAGAGAAACAGAAAGAAUGAAGACUUUUGGCUUAAAAGCAUCUUUGCUCUUAACAGCCAUUCUCGUUUUCACAGAUUGUUUGAAUGUGGAAGGCCAGGUUUGUCACCCAAGUGGCAAGAUCAGGGGUAAGAAGCCCCCUCCUGGAGAAUGCAACCAAGGCAAUGACUCUGAUUGCUGUAAAGAAGGCAAGCUUUACACAACAUACAAGUGUUCUCCAACAGUAUCUAGUCAUUCCAAGGCAUAUCUCACUCUUAAUGGCUUUGAAAAAGAUGAAGAUGGUGGUGCUCCAUCUGAAUGUGACAACCAUUACCACUCUGAUGACACCCCGGUUGUGGCACUGUCAACUGGAUGGUAUAACAAAGGUAGCAGGUGCUUAAACAACAUCACUAUAACUGCUAAUGGGAGGAGUGUGGUGGCCAUGGUAGUUGAUGAGUGUGACUCAACCAUGGGAUGUGAUAGCGACCAUGAUUAUCAGCCUCCAUGUGCCAACAACAUUGUUGAUGCCUCAAGAGCUGUGUGGAAAGCCUUGGGGGUGCCUCAAGAUCAAUGGGGAGGGCUAGAUAUCACUUGGACCGAUGUUUGUCACCCAAGUGGCAAGAUCAGGGGUAAGAAGCCCCCUCCUGGAGAAUGCAACCAAGGCAAUGACUCCGAUUGCUGUAAAGAAGGCAAGCUUUACACAACAUACAAGUGUUCUCCAACAGUAUCUAGUCAUUCCAAGGCAUAUCUCACUCUUAACGGCUUUGAAAAAGAUGAAGAUGGUGGUGCUCCAUCUGAAUGUGACAACCAUUACCACUCUGAUGACACCCCGGUUGUGGCACUGUCAACUGGAUGGUAUAACAAAGGUAGCAGGUGCUUAAACAACAUCACUAUAACUGCUAAUGGGAGGAGUGUGGUGGCCAUGGUAGUUGAUGAGUGUGACUCAACCAUGGGAUGUGAUAGCGACCAUGAUUAUCAGCCUCCAUGUGCCAACAACAUUGUUGAUGCCUCAAGAGCUGUGUGGAAAGCCUUGGGGGUGCCUCAAGAUCAAUGGGGAGGGCUAGAUAUCACUUGGACCGAUGCCUAAUUUCAUGCAG